ACUAGAAGCACCAAAAGUCGAGGAAAAUUCAUCAACGUGGCAACAACCAGAAGUCGCAGUCGAAGAAGAAGUCGAAGAGGAAGAAGAAGAAGACGACGAACCAAUGAAUCCUGAAGUAAUUCCGGGCUUGGAGAAUGUCGUUUGGGACAAAAUUCCCGACGAAGAAUGGGAUUUCGAGUACGAGCCUCUCGUGACGCCAUGGAGCUCCAAACGCAGCAGCAUGACAAACGAGCCCAGUGAGUCGCACAAAACGUUCGAAAUGCUCAAAGAGAUGAAGGAGCAACGUGGCGCUUACAUCAUGACACGUUUAACGGAUCGUGCAGCACCCAUUGGAGACACGGUGAAACUCACAACGAUCGUCGAUGGCAAUGGCGUGCGUGUUAAUUGGAUGAAAGAUGGCGAAUACAUCGAGAGAAGCUCCCAUCUGACAGUUAGCGUCAAUCCGCCAAUGUACACGUUGACCAUCAGUGAUGUCGAGAAGAAGGACGAGGGCGAAUAUACCGCGGAAAUCGUUCAGGGCAAGACAAAGAUGACGACAACGGCCAAAGUUACCGUCUUGAGCAUCAAGAAGGAGAAGAAAGUCAAGCCGUUUGCAGUCAGAAUUAGAGACUUCUACCAUUUAAAAUACAAUUGUCUCAUCAUUGAAGCCCAAAUCACGGGAUCUCCUCGUCCCGAAGUGACAUGGUACAAAAAUGACGAGCAAGUCGAGAUGAAUGAUCGCACGCGCACCGACGAAACGGAAGGCGACGAAAUCUAUUGGCUAAUGUUCCAUGAUCCCGUGCCCGAAGACAGUGGCGUUUAUCGUUGCGUUGCCGAAAACAAAUCCGGAAAAUGCGCCAUCGAGCACGAAGUUGUUUUCACGAAAAAAAUCCCCUUUAUCCAUUAUGCGGGAAUGGGACAUGCCACCCCAAAAUUACUCAACGAAGAGCAAUUAGCUGAACUUGCAGCGAAAGAACAGGAAUUCAAGCGCAAAGCUGCUGAACGUGUCGCUGAAGAAUUAGCAGAAAUUGACGCAGUUUUACGAGCGGAAGAAUUGGCGAAGAUCAAAGUAAGAACGCCAACUCCCGUGCCUUCAGUGAAAUCCGGGGAAGGCGGCGAAGAAGGCGAAGCUGGAGAAGGCGGCGAAGAAGCAGAAGAAGAGGAAAAACCAAAACCUCCUCCGAAAAAGGUAGAAAAACCGAAGGAAGCUCCGCAACCGUAUGUCGAGGAAUCGAUCGCAGUUCGUUUGUCAAAAGAAAAACUCAAAUGGUGCGCCCUUUUAACGAGUCGUUCAAUUCCCGAAGGCGGAAGUACAAAACUUCAAUGUAUCUGCGAAGGACCUGGAUCGGUAUUCAAAUGGACCAAAGACGGCAAAAACGUUGAAUGGAGUGAUCGUGUCAAGAAUACAAGUCAAAUGGGCAUCGGCGAAGUUGUCAUCACAAAAGCACAAAAGAAAGAUGCUGGCGUUUAUUCGUGCGUUGCAAAGAACGGCAGAGGCGAAAUCGAGACAAGUUGUCGUGUUACAAUUCUCGAGCCACUCGAAAAACAAAGCAUCAAAUCGCCUCCGACCUUCCCUCGUGGUUUGCACGAAAAUUAUAGCAUCUUAGUCGACGAGUUGAUCCUCGAAGUUGCAAUUCGUGGCGUUCCUCAGCCCGAAUUCGUUUGGAAGAAGGAUGGAGAACCCGUUGUUGCCGACGAUCGCAUCGUUUUUCACGAAGAGAAAGACAAUGUGUAUCAAUUGCUGAUCCAUCGACCUGUUGCGGAGGACAGCGGAAAGUAUUCCGUCAUCGCAUGGAACUCCGAGGGCAAGAAGGAAGUCUCGCAUGUCGUCAAUUUCGUGAGUAAAACCGAAAAUUCUCGUCCUACGGUGUUUGGCAUCUUCCACAAAGGCUCCGUUGUGAAGCCAGAAGACAGUAGCUUGGAAGAAAUCAUUCAUCCGCCGAAACCUGCGAAGAAGGAAGGCGAAGAAAAGGAAGAAAAAGGUCCAAAAGUGCAAAAGGAAAUGGGCGGAGGCGGCGCAAAAGCCACACAUUUCGGCGCUUUACAUCAUCUGAAAUUCGUGUCGCAAUUACGGGAUCAAUAUGUCAUGGAAGGAUCAACUGUCAAGCUUCAAUGUUACCUUGACGGCCCGCAACCAACGAUGAAAUGGUUCAAAAACGAGAAACCCAUCCAAUGGGGACAAACGAUGAUCAACAAGAGUCGCGAUGUGCACGGAUGCUGCGAAAUUCAAAAAAUCACGAUGCAAGACGCGGGAAUUUAUACAUGUGUCGCCAAAAAUCCCUACAACGAGAUCGAAACAAAGUGUCGUUUGACGGUAUAUAAAAACCCAGCAAAAGAUUUGGACCUUGGAAACCCGAAUCUGAUCAAACCAACCUUCACGCGUGUCAUGGAUCAUUACGACAUCGUUACGGGCGACAUUAUUAUCGAAGUUCAAGUACGUGGAUCGCCGCAACCGACCUUAACAUGGGUUCGCGACGGGCAAAAUGUCGUUGCAAGUGACAAAUAUUUCUUCAUGCGUGAACCCGAUGAGGUCUAUAAACUUUGUGUGCAUAAUCCGACGUUACUUGAUGCCGGUUUUUACACUGUCAAGGCGAAAAAUAAGGCUGGCGAGACUCAAAUCAAGCAUAAAGUUGAGUUUUUGGGACGCGAACGUUACGAACAUGUCCCGUUAAUCGCUCAUGCGCAAAAACAUGUGCCUGUAGAAGAGACUGAGGAAGCAGAAACUGUCGUAGAAGAGCACGUGAAAGAACCAUCACCUCCUCCAGCGCCCGUAGCUGAGGGCGAGGAACCCGCAGAAGGCGAAGAAGCCCCGAAAAAACGCAAAGAUCCUCGUCGUUGGGAGAAAAUGGAACCAGCUCCUGCUUGUAAACGUUGUCGCGCUGCUGAUGUUUUAACUUUCGAGUCAAAAUUGAGGAAUGUAACUGCUCCCGAAGGUACUGUCGUGAAACUCGUUUGCUCCGUUUCAGGUAACAACCCGAAAUUCCAUUGGUUUAGAAACGGAAACAAGCUUGUGUUUGACAAACAAGUCGUCAACAAAGGAAAACUCGGAAUUUCUUCGGUAGAAAUUAUUGGAGCGACGCCUAAACAUUCAGGAACGUACAAAGUCGUUUGCGAAAAUGGUCCCUGCGAGAUUGAAUCCGAAUGUGUCGUCACAAUUUUCGAAAAUAUGGAAGCAACUGUCCCUCCAACGUUCACGCGACUUGUCAAAGAGUAUUAUGACAUUCGUACUAACGAUCUCGUGUUGGAAGUUCAUUGUCGCGCUGUUCCCCGCCCAAAUAUCAAAUUCAUCAAGGAUUGUUUGGAUGUCAGUAACGAAGAAUAUUUCCCGCCGGGCAAGUUUGUGAUUGUUCGUGAAGCUGAAGGCAUCUACAAAUUGUGUAUUCAUGCUCCUGAACGCGGCGACAGUGGGCGUUAUGUCUGCGAAGCAAGCAAUAAAGCUGGAAAACAAGAAAUUACGUAUCAAUUGAAGGUAAAACCGAUUUCGGAAUAUACUUACAUGCGAGGAAUUGUCACUGCCGAACCAAAAUCCAAGAAAAAAUACGAUGACGAGGACAUUGUUAUUCGUUCGCGACAUGCUUCAGUCGCUCGAAUAAGACUCCAGCUGUUCCAACGCCUGCUCCGACGCCAAUUCCUCCCCCAACGCCUGUUCCAACUGCUGAAGGAGAAGCUCCCGGCUGAAGGAGUUGAAGCAGAACCCAAUCCAGAGGAGAAUUUAACGCCUGAAGAACUCGAAAAAGCUCGCAUGAUGGCAGCUACGCCCCCAGAACAGAAAGAUCGGGACUUUACAGAUGCCAAAUAUGCCUUGAACUUCAUCGUGCAGCUCAGAGAUCAAAUGACAAUCGAAGGAGGAAGCGCUAGAUUCGUUUGUUCUAUUGACGGAUAUCGCCCGACCCUCACAUGGUACAGAAAUAACGAAAAAUUAGCAUUCGGGGAAAAGGUAAAGAAUACUUCGAAAGAUACUGUUGGUAGUAUUCAACUUCAAAACUUGAAAGUUGCCGAUUCGGGUAUCUAUAAAUGCAUUGCGACGAACAGAUAUGGGCAAAUUAGUACUUGGGCGAGACUUCGAGUGAUUGCGAAGGGCACAGAAGAAACAGGAGUUGCUCCGCAAUUCGCUCGGGUGCGAGAUUAUUACGAUAUACCCACAAAUCAGAUAAUUGUCGAAGCCCGAAUUCUCGGAACGCCUCCUUUGGAGAUUUUAUGGUACAAGGAUUGUCGCGAUAUUCAAAAUGGCGACAAAUAUUUGAUUGGGCGCGAACCUGGCGGUGUUUACAAACUUUAUAUUAGCGAUCCGGUGCGUCGUGAUACAGGCACGUACAUGAUCCAAGUGAAGAAUGCCUAUGGUUACGAGCAAGUUAAGCAUGAAGUUCGUUUCUGGGACAAAGAAGAAUAUCUCUACGUACCUGGAAUCAAUCAUGCCGAUCCAAAAGAGAAACGUAAGCACAUGGAAGUUGUUAAAAUUCCUAAAAAAGAAGAAGAACCCAAGCCAGUUGAAGAGCCUCCGCGUCAAAUUGAGCACAAAGCACGUCCUGAAAUUGCCGCUUUGGAGCCUCCAACACAAGAAAUCAUCGAUGAACGUGCUAAAGAUGAAAAGCAGCAACGAAAACCUCGUAUCUUGAAGCCAGAUCCCGUUGAAUUCAUCACCCGACUCCGUAAUCAAUGCUUGGCGAAAGGUUCGACGAUCCAUCUUUCGUGUUGCGUCUCUGAAAAUAACCGAUUCGACGCUCAAUGGUUCAAAAAUGGCGAACCUCUUGAAAUGGACAGUUCUCGCAUGAAGACAACCGUUAACAAGGAUUCCGCUGUUGCGACGCUCGUCAUUAAGCAAGCCGUCGUUGAUGAUUCGGGCAUCUACAAAUGCGCGAUCAAGACAAAACGUGGACCCAUCGAGGGCGAAUGUAAAGUUGAAAUCUUCGAAUUGGAAGAAGGAACGCCUGAAAAUGUUCCUCCAACAUUUGUUAUCCCGCUGCAUGAUUAUUAUCGCCCCAAGACGAACGAUAUCGUGAUAGAAUGCAAAAUUCGUGCAAAUCCUCGUCCCAGAUGUCGUUGGCAACGUGAUGGGCUGUUUGUGGAUCAUUGCGACAAAUAUGAGCCUUAUUUCAUGGAAGAUGGAACAGUGAUGUUGGUUGUUAAUAAUCCGAAGAUGAUUGAUUCUGGAAGAUAUUUGCUCGUGGUUGAAAAUAGCGUGAAACGUGUUGAAAUGUGGCAUGAAGUGCAUUACGAGCCGAAAUAUGAGGAGAAGAGGAAACCGAAAUAUGAUGAUGUUAUCAUUGAGAACGAAGUUCAUCCACGUGUCUAUCCCAAGCCAAAGGAACCUACUCCUCCUCCGCCAGUUGAAGAAGUUGUCGAAGAAGCUGAGCCCGAAGAGCCUGCCGAAGACGAAGGAUGGGGCGUUCCCGACUCUGAGGAAGAAGAAGGAGAGCAAAGCGAAAAAGAAGAAGAAUAAAUUUAAAAAUUUAACUUUUAAAACUUAAUUUUAAGCUGAAUUUGUGUUAAUCCUUUCUUAAUUUUAACCUAUUGUAGUGGCUAAAGUAACAAAUGUGUGCCUUUCGACCUUUUUAUUAUUUAUUUUUAUGCAAAUAA